AUGUCUUCAGUACAUGGUGGUUCUGCAACUACUUCACCAUCAGAUAUAACUAAACCAAAAUCGCCAGAUAUUUCAUUUAUUCAUUCACAAAAAAGAAAACCUUUGCUCAUAGUCGAUGAACAUGUUUUCAAAUUGAAUUCAGCCACAAGUACUAUUAAAUACUGGGAAUGUACAUUUGACGAAUGUUCAGCAAGAAUUCAUACACAUUCGAAUGGUCAAAAUACGUGUAUUCAAUUUAAUGCAGGUUUAGGAGUAAUAAUAAAACAAAUCAAAACAAUUCCAAUUCAACGUCAUAUCAGCAAUCUUGGUAAACGAUAUUAUUAUGGUGCCAUAAAUGCUAUGGAAUAUCUAGAUAAUUUAUCAUUUACAGUUUCUCAACGAAAACAUGAAAAUUUAUAA